AUGCGAUACCUAUGUAUGCGAUUUUCGGGGCUAUGGACUGGAAACUGAGGAGUAAGUCGAUUGAUUGGUUUUGAGCUAUUUUCCCUGCUGAUGUAUGGAGUAUGGUGCUCCGAAUUUGGCCGUCCGUUGCCUGGUGUCCAAUCAUAUAGCAACAUCGUGUCAUUGGGACGGACAAAUUCAAGCAACUACGAAAGAUCUUUGUCAUAUCCUCUGGAUACAAUUUCGGUUGACGGUCUUUUCGAAGCUGCUCGUCUGGCGUCACCCAUGUUACCGCAGUAUCAUCCCAAACAACUUACUGUUCUACUUAAUGCUGGUAGAACUGAGCGUGUCAAAGCAAUUCUUCUCAAUGUACUCUCUGCACUAGAGCAGCGGCAGGUAUCCGUACAAAAUCCGCUUUCUCGUGCUGCCACUAUGAAACGAAUGUCAACCGUCAUCGCUAUGCAGGAAAAAUCUUCUGAUGAGGGCCAGGUUUAUCCUGACUAUAAAGAAAUUGAUGAGAUUGCCCCAUUACCACUUCAUUCAAUUGUUGCCGCCGAUAUGGAAAGUUGCGUGGAAUUUAGAAAAGGAGAAUCCACAAGAAACGUUCUGAUGACCAAUGACUCCAAGCAGCCUGUUCCUACCGCUUUCUCAGUUCGACAUAACAGGCUGUUAACAGAGUUGCUAACUCAUACACAUCUCCCUGGUUUGUCAAGUGUGGAUCAAAUGCAUCUGCUGGCAAUUGCUGAUACACUCAGCCACUUUUCUGCCGAUGACGUGGAUGAACUAAGUCUUGCCAACGCAGGUGAAGUUGGCUUGUGA